AGACUAUGUGACUCACCGUGCCGCAGGAGCCUGGAUUUGGAGCUCCAACUCGAAAGAUAUCGAGUACAUUCGUUAAUCUGAUCUACGCUGCAAUUGAUACAGAAUGUUUCCCUUGACACGAUUAUUGUCUUUAGCUAGACCAAUCAACCAUUUCAGGAUGGCAAGUGCUGCUGCUACAGGUUCGAGGCGUUUGGAAGGAAAAGUUGCAGUAGUUACAGCUUCCACGGAAGGAAUCGGCUAUGCCAUCGCCAAGAGACUAGGUGAAGAAGGUGCUCAUGUUGUUAUCAGCAGUCGUAAGCAGGCCAAUGUAGACAAGGCAUUGAAGAGCUUAAAAGAGGCCAAUCUCAGCGUUUCAGGUCUGGUGUGCCAUGUAGGCAAAGAGUCUGAUAGGGCCAAACUUAUAGAGAUGGCUGUCAAGGAAAAUGGUGGAUUAGAUAUAUUGGUAUCAAAUGCUGCAGCAAAUCCCUUCUUUGGUAGAAUAUUAGAUUGUGAUGAUAAAUCUUGGGAUAAGAUAUUUGAAAUCAAUGUGAAAUCAGCAUUUCUUCUGGUAAAGGAAAGUGUUCCUCACAUGGUCUCAAGAGGAGGAGGAUCUGUCGUUUUAGUAUCAUCAAUAGCAGGAUAUAUGCCCUUUGAGUUACUAGGACCAUACUCAGUCAGUAAGACCGCCCUCUUGGGUCUAACAAAAGCACUCACUCCACAGCUCACAGAGAUGAACAUCAGGGUAAACUGUGUUGCUCCAGGUCUUGUCAAAACCAACUUUAGUGCUGCUCUAUUUGCAACAGAGGAGAAUACUAAAUUAGCCUUGAGUCAGAUUCCUAUGAAACGAGCUGGUACUCCUGAUGAGAUUGCGGGGUUAGUAUCUUUCUUGGCUUCUGACGAUGCUAGCUACAUCACUGGUGAAAACAUGCUGGUAGCCGGAGGAUCUCCUGCAAAACUUUGAUUAUAUCCAUAAUCCAAUUUCACUCUUUAGUCUAUACAAGAAUACUGUAUUGUAUAUUGUACCAAGGAGACAAUGAAAUGCAAAUUAAUUCAUGUAGCUUCCAAUCUCUAAAGAGGUACAAAAGAAUUCACAGGUACACUGUAGCCUUUGGUGAUGACCUGUGAUGCUGCCAGUUUCAUGGGGAAACUGAAAAGUGGUUGUGGUUGAAAAUGGAUAAGUGGGUAUAUCUCCAAUUUUAUUUGAUCACAAAAAUGUGGAUAU